CCACAGUGGUCCCAGCUUUGAAGUCAAGCUUUGCCGCCAAUCCCGAACUUCCCCACUCCCGCUCUGACCGACUGUGGUCUGUCGGCUUCUUCUUCGCCUUUUCAGACAUUUCGGAUUUGCAUCGGUAUUCAACAUCCGGUGCUCGUUAUCCAGGAAUUCUUGUCAUUCGGCUUGGUAAUGCCCAACAUCCUCCCCCCCAACGUCAAUUAGCCCAGCGACCCUCCCUUAUCGCCCUUCCAACCCCACUUCUCCAAGCGGGACAGACUCGCGUCAGUUCGACUGCCGACGGGGACUCCUCCUUCGGGCCUCACUCGGAUUCCCUUCCCGGCGCCCCCAUCCCCCCCAUCCAACGGUCCUACCCGUCCGCUCCCCCCGUCCGACGCCCCGCCCGAUCAUUCUAGAAAAUGUCGGACACACAAGAGAGCCCCAGUCUCGAGGAUCUGACACCAGAAGAAGCAAAUCGCAUCAUCCAUUCGCAUCGCAAAGUGCGCUACGGUACCGCGUGCUGGCCGUGCCGCCAGCGGAAAGUCAAGUGCGACAACAAGAGCCCGUGUGAGAACUGCAUCAAGAGGGAGCAUCCGCAGCUGUGCUCCUACAAGCCCAACAGGUCAGCCACCGGGAAGAGCAUAUCGAGCACGUCGGAACACCCUGCGUCUGGGAAGAAGAGGGCGCGUUCCCCCGAGGAAUCGGAAUCAAGGAGCCAGAGCAACGAAGCCCGGGAAGCCAUAAGCGCGUACGAACCCGACAACACCGAGACGACGCGUUAUGUGGGCCAGAAUAGCAUACCAGCCCUACUUCGAGAACAAACCUCCGCCAGCGAGCCCCAGGAGGUCAGCGGCAUCCGCCAGGACAUGCGCUCCCUACUCGGCCUGGACAACUCGGCGCCCUUCCCGCUGAUGUCCUCGCGCCACCUGGACAGGCUGACCCUGGACAUUUCGUCUGAACUGCCGUCCGACCGGGAGGUGAUGAAGCUCUUUCGAACAUACAAGGAAAUUCCGCAACCGUUCUGGGGCUUCGUUAUCGACAUCGACGACCUUGAAUCCCGCCUCAUGGUCUACCUCGAGGACCGAGCUAAGAAUGCCAAAUCCUCUACCAAGUCCACAAAGGCGGUAUCGGCGUCCUGGUUAUCGAUACUGUUUGCUGUCCUUGCCGUCGGCUCCCAGUACCAUGACUCGCCUUACCAUGUGCGGACGAGGGAUUCGCAAAAGUACAUUCAGAUAUCGUUCCACUUCCUAAGGAUUGGGAACUUUCUACUGAGGCCGAAUCUGGACUCCAUACAAGCCCUGCUCAUGACCAGCUUCGUGCUGCUCAACGACAUGAAGGCCGAAGCCUCGUGGGCGUUGCUCGGCCUCACCUGCCGGCUCGCCCAGUCACUCGGCCUGCAUCGGGCACAACCGCUGGAUGGGCGGCAGACCCCGGAUGCCGCGAGAAAGGAAGUAGCCAGGAGGAAGCUAUGGUGGACAUGCCUCUGGCACGAUACGCUCACGUCCUUGUCUUUCGACCGCUCUCCCAUGACAAACAUCCCCUGCUGCCCAAUCCCGAUGUCCCCAUCCGCGAACACCGAAGGAUGGGCGUACCUCGAAGCCAUGUUCAACCUGUGCCAAAUCAUAUCCCAGAGAUUAAAUCCCGAUACCAUCGCAAACGCCACGUACGCUGAGAUUCUCGACAACUGCGAGGCGGUCGAGAAUAUCCGCAACAACCUGUCGAUCCAUCUGCGCAGCAAGGAGGCGUGCAAGUCAGCCAUGGACAGGCUCCAGCACUUCGCCAUACGGCUGCACACGUCGUUUAUGAUAUCGGUGUGCUGCCGACCUGCCUUGAUACGGCGAGACAGCAACCAUCUCGAAGCAGGGCAGAAGAAGUUCCUCGCGGAUAGGUGCAAGGCGAAUCUGACCGAGACCGUGCGCAUGUUCCUCGCGAUGCACCAGCUGUCCGUGAUACCGACCCGCUCCUGGGCAUUCACCUACCACGGCCUGUCGUCGGCCGUCCUCUUGGGGAUCCUGGGCGAGACGAAAGCAGACCCCGAGGUCCGACAGCUGCAAGGGGACCUCAUUUCCGCCCUAUCGGCGACCGCGGCCAAGGAGCAAACCUCGCCCCACCCCCAAAUCCGCAAGUCGGACCUGGACAUCGAGCUGUCCGGUCCGCUGUCGCGAGCCCUGGCGGCGCUCAAGAACAUUUACGACCACGGGUCUGUCGUAGGUCCCCAAAUCAAAAGGGAAAGGAGUAUUUCCGGCACGGCGUCAGGCACACGCACGCCGCUGCCGAACCUACCGCCGACCGGGCUUCUCACCAGUGGCGGCACUAUGGUCCAAGACCCGCGGUCUUUGCCGGCGAGUCUAGAUCCGCAUCAGAACGCAGCGCUGGCCAUGACUGAGCUACAACAGCAGAGCGGCGGCUCGGUGGCUGACUUCUCUGCCGGCAUCCCUUUCACCCAGAUGCCGCCUGGGUCUGGUGCGCAGCAGCUCCCCGAAAUGGCAUUUGACCCAGCCAGCUACAUGUCACCGAUGGACCUGUAUGAUUCCAUCUUUUGGGAAUCUCCCGACCCGUUCAAUACCGGACUAGACUCGAUGAACUUUGACUUCCUGGCCCACCCACCGCCAGGGCAGCCACCCCAGCAACAAUUCUAUUUUUGAGAUACCUAUGGAGGGAUUCCUCGGCUAAUAUACACAUCAAACAAUACAAUAUCUAGUUCCUGAUCUACACAUGAACCUCCAACGCUGUUCCUCGGGCAUCGGUGUUCUCUCUGGGUAGGCGUAGUGUGAACAAUCUCCAGCUUGAUGAUUAGCCGCUAAAGAUUUGACAUCACCUGUCCUCUUGACUA